CUACAUGCAGUAUGCCGCGUGAGUGCUUUUUAUUGCUUUCCUUUCCCUCUCUCAUCCCUCCCUCUCUCCAACCAUGUCUCUCAUUUUCUUCAACAAUCCCUGUCUUCUCCCAAAACCCAAAAGCUGCUGGAGUCCCUCUCAAACAGUAGUGACAACGGGACCCACAUCAUCGAUGGUUGGAAGAGCCAGCAAUGUCGCAGUGUGCACCCAUGGGCUCGAGGAAAGAAUAAGGGAGAUGUUAUUCAGGGUCGACCUUUCUGUUUCUUCCUACGACACUGCUUGGGUAGCCAUGGUUCCUUCUCUGGAUUCUCCUCAAUUCCCCUGCUUCCCGGAGUGCUUGAAUUGGUUAUUGGAGAAUCAGUGGCCCGAUGGCUCAUGGGGCCUUCCUGAUCGUCAUCCCUUGUUGUGUAAAGAUGCUCUUUCGUCCACAUUGGCAUGUGUUCUCGCACUCAGACGGUGGAAUGUUGGCAGGGAACAUGUAAAGAGAGGGCUCCACUUUAUUGGUUCUAAUUUUGAUUCGGCCACUGAUGAGAAGCAACACUCUCCGAUAGGAUUUGAUAUUAUAUUCCCUGGUAUGAUUGAAUAUGCAGAAGACAUGGGUUUGGAUCUUCCCUUGGGUCCGUCUACUAUCAAUUCUAUGCUUCACAAGCGAGAUUUGGAAUUAAAAAGAGUCUGUGGAGCUCACUCUGAAGGAAGGAAAGCUUAUCUGGCAUAUGUUGCAGAAGGGUUGGGUAAAUCACAGAAUUGGGAAGAUGUCAUGAAAUUGCAAAGAAAGAACGGGUCUUUGUUUAAUUCGCCAUCCACCACUGCAGCUGCUCUAACCCACCUUCGGGAUGCUAAAUGCCUUGAAUACUUGCAGUCGCUCUUAAACAUGUUUGGCAAUGCAGUUCCCACUGCUUAUCCUCUAGAUAUAUAUACCCGCCUUCGUAUGGUUGACAAUCUUGAAAGGUUAGGAGUCGCUCGACAUUUUAGGAAUGAAAUAAAAAGCGUGUUGGAUGAAACAUACAGAUGUUGGCUGCAGAGCGAUGAAGAGAUAUAUUUAGACAUAUCCACUUGUGCAAUGGCAUUUCGGCUUUUACGUAUGAAUGGAUAUGACGUUUCUUCAGAUGCAUUAAUUCAAUUUUCUGAAGAAGAUGAGUUCUCUAAUUCGAUUGGAGGACAUGUAAAGAAUACGGGUACAGUUCUAGAGCUAUAUAAGGCUUCACAAAUUAUGACAUUCCCAAAUGAACUGGUCUUGGAGAAACUACAUUCGUGGUCAAGUCAAUUCCUGAAACAAGAAUUAUCCAAGGGUGUAAUGCAUAUAGAUGGAUUCCAUAAGGAUAUUAGUACUGAAGAGGUAGAGUAUGAACUAAAAUUUCCCUACUAUGCCAAUUUGGACCGCUUAUACAACAGAAGAAAUAUGGAGCACUAUAAUGCAUGUGAUUUUCAAAUUUUGAAAACAUCAUACAGGUCCUGCUGUAUCAAUAACAAGGAUAUCUUGGAAUUUGCAGUGGAAGAUUUUAAUCUUUGUCAAUCCAUUCAACGUCAAGAACUUGAACAUCUCCAAAGGUGGGUCAAAGAAAACAGACUGGAUCAGCUAAAAUUUGCUAGGCAGAAGCUGAGCUACUGUUAUUUCUCAGUUGCCGCCACCCUGUUUUCUCCCGAACUAUCUGAUGCUCGCAUGUCUUGGGCCAAAAAUAGCAUACUCACCACUGUUAUUGAUGACUUCUAUGAUAUUGGUGGUUCGAGAGAAGAACUAGUAAACCUCAUUAAAUUGGUCGAGCGGUGGGACAGGAAUUCAGCAGCUGAUUGUUGCUCCGAACAGGUCGAGAUCAUAUUUUUCGCACUUUGCGACACAAUCAAUGAGAUUGGAGCCAAGGCAUUCGCAUAUCAAGGGCGUUGUGUCACACACCACGUGACUGAGAUAUGGCUGACCUUGCUCAAGUCUAUGAUGAGAGAGGCAGAAUGGCUGCUUGACAAAUCUCUGCCCACUUUGGAUGAAUAUAUGACAAAUGGGUAUGUAUCAUUUGCCUUGGGGCCCAUCGUUCUCCCAGCGCUCUAUCUUGCAGGGCCAAAGCUUUCUGAGGCGGUCAUUAGAGAUUCAGAGUACCAUAAUCUAUUCAAGCUAAUGAGCACAUGCGGGCGUCUUCUCAAUGACCUGCAAGGCUUCAAGAGAGAAUUCAAGGAAGGGAAACUGAAUAGCGUGUCACUCCGCAUGGUCCACAGCAAUGGUGAGGUCACUGAGGAAGACGCCGUGAGAGAGAUGAGGGGUAUCAUCGACAAUAGUAGGAGAGAGCUGCUGAAGUUGGUGCUGCAGACUAAGGGGAGUGUUGUUCCAAGAGCUUGCAAGGAUUUGUUUUGGAAGAUGAGCAGGGUAUUGCACCUUUUUUACUUGAGGAAUGAUGGGUUCACUUCACCACAGGAAAUGAUUGGUUCUGUGAAUGCAGUUCUACAUGAUCCCCUUAAUCUGCUGUCUAUUUGACAGCAACUGUCAUCGAGAUGAAAGAUUGAAGAGGUGAUCGUGGUGCAUGUUCCAAUGUGGUAUACCUAGGCGGGGUCCAGCCAUUCAUCAGGUGGGGUCCAUGGAACACAUGACUCUGCCUGAAAAUCAGGGUGGUCCAAUUAUCUAGUGGGCUGCACUCUAUGAGUGAAAAAGGAAAAUGGAGAAGGUGAGAAAGGUCAUGUAUGCAAUGCACACAGUAUGACAGAUCUUGAUUUUCGGACCCUGGGCAUGUUUGAGUGGCCCCCCACCGGAUGAGUGACCAGUUCCCAUACGUGUGCCAAGUUAGCAUGUGUGCCAUAAUUCUCCCCUCUUACUUGAUGAGAGGUGAUGUAUUAUAAUAAUACACAAAUCAGUGACAAUGGAAAAUUUUCUUAAAAUGAUUAGCUCCAAAGCUUUAAGUU